CGUUGUGGUGAUGUCACGGGUGGGCGGAGCCGAGCGAGAUUUGCUGCAUCUGGUACGCUUACGUGAUCGCGCGCUUCCCGGGGAUGCAACCACAGAUUUAACAUCGUUUUCUUUAACGCACUGAAAUUAAUCACGACGCCGGGUCCGACAAAACGAUUGUUGAGGACCUGAUUUGCCAUGGCUGAGCAGCAGAGGCAGCGCAGUCUCUCCACCUCUGGAGAAUCACUCUAUCAUGUGCUGGGUGUCGACAAACUGGCCACUGUCGAUGACAUCAAGAAGUCAUACAGGAAAUUGGCAUUGAAAUAUCACCCUGACAAGAAUCCUGACAACCCUGAGGCAGUUGAUAAGUUUAAAGAGAUAAACAAUGCCCAUGCCAUCCUUAACGACACGACAAAGAGAAACAUCUAUGAUAAGUAUGGCUCUCUGGGACUUUAUGUGGCUGAACAGUUUGGAGAAGAGAACGUCAACACUUACUUUGUCCUAUCCAGCUGGUGGGCCAAGGCUCUGUUUAUUUUCUGUGGCCUGGCGACAGGCUGCUACUUCUGCUGUUGCCUGUGCUGUUGUUGUAACUGCUGCUGUGGGAAGUGUAAACCACGGCCACCUGAGGGACAGGAACAGGAAUUCUAUGUCUCCCCUGAAGACUUAGAGGCCCAACUGCAGUCCGAUGAGAGAGAGGCAGGUGGAGGUGAGCCCAUCGUGCUGCAGCCCUCGUCUGCCACAGAAACCACCCAGCUAACGUCUGACGGUUACCAUACUACUUACCACACUGACACCGGCUUCAAUUAAAUGCCCCACUCUCCUCACCUUCACCCUGUGGAUUGUCUCUCACCACUCUGCGCCAUCUCUCCGAGAGAAAAAAAAGAAUGGAAAGAAUCCUUCAACUACAUCUAAAAAAAAGCCUGUUUUUGAGAGGAGGAAAGCCAGAGAUGGAGCUGAAUUCUUUAAAAUAUCCUGUCCCUGAUUCACGCACCACUUCCACCACCCACACAAGAGUGGCUCACAUCCGCCUCACCGUACCGUAGCUUAAAAACGAGCUUAAGAAAAAAGAUCCUGUCAUUUACCCUGAUCUGUGUGUUGCCUUUGACCUCUGAUCUUGCCUUCCACUCGUUCCCUUGCUCCUCCAGCCAGAUUUGCUCGUCGUCCUGUGGCAUGAACUGUUCCUUGAAUUCAUUAAAUUGCAGUUUUCGCUAUAUUUAUUGACAUGAAACGUUUGUUCCCAUUUAUAAGUACUUGAGUGUAGUUAAAAGUUGACUCCGUGAACUUGCCAUAGGUGUUCGAAGACUAGUGCAACUGCGCUGAGAAACAGCAGAAAUAUAUUUCCUUUUUAAAAUCUCAAAUAUUCCAUUCACAUACCUCGCAGAUAUCCCUGGUUCAGCAUUAAUUGGAUUUAUCCAUACAUAAUGCUACUUUUUGUUUCAGUACAGAUUUUUUUUCUGAGAGAGAGAGAUACAAAUGAUGCAAUUGAUAAUAUGCCAUUUCUUCUUAGUAUUGGGCUCAUUUACAUCUGGGUGUUGGUGUUUCUGUCUUAUUCUGAGACCCAUUUGCAACAAGCUGAGCCAAACUUAGGACUCUUCUCUAUAUAUGGAAUGGAUUUAACUGUCAUCUCUGUGUAGUGUGUAGGUUGUUCGUUGAUGUGCGAUAACAUGUUUGGGCUCUCAGCUUUGGUCUUAGUGUUAAGCUCAGUUUGGCCCACUUGUGUCUCUUUUCUCUCAUCAAAAGGGAAUCGUGAACACAAUCUGGCAUAAACUCCCAUAGUGUCAUAUCACAGUGAGUGUGGAAACUAUAACAGAUGAGACAUUUUUUAUAUAGAUAUACAAUCUACACACAUCAAGUGUAUGUACAAUAUAUGUAUAUUCUGGUCAUUUUUAUAUUUUAGUUGCCGCGUAUAGUUAAGAUAAUUCUUCUUUGUGUCUGUGGUAAUGGCCUCUUGUGGUCACUUGAGACUCCCUAUGCCAAGAUAUACUGUCUAUUGUGAGAUAUGCUUGUGUUUUGAAGACAUUAAUUCCUGAGUGGUAGCCAUUUAUGAUGUUUGUUCAUCAGAUUUAUUUAUUGAAGUGGCAAAGUUAUUUUAACACUACAAGCAUCUGGAUUCAUUUUCAAAGUCCAGCCUCUCAAAACCUGAAAGGACAAUAAUGAAAAUUAUUUAGUCUGGAUUUAAAAACAAAAUUAACAUUUAAUUAGCUAAUUUAAUUAACUAGCAUUUAAGAAACAUAUCAUUUUAAUUACAGUAGUGGUCAUGGGAUUGAUAGAAAUAUUCUUAAUAGUCAUGAAAACAAUGCAUAAAAUCUUAAUAGACCUUAACAGGCUUUUUCACAGUGCAAGACCAGUGUGAGAUUUUUUUUUUUUUUUUUACUUUGCAGUUGCGCUUUCCUUUACUUCAAGUCUUUUUGAUGUUUUGAACAUCAUUUAAGCAUCUAAGGUUUAAUGCUGUAACACUAGCAUUUAUUUGAUAGAUUCUCCUCUGAGCUGCCUCAGAGAUGUGGCAUUAUCCCUCAAAAGAUUCAACUGAACCAUUAAACUAAGUUUGUGUCAUAUAGCCUAGUUAAGUAAUAUGAUCCUUAAACUUCAUUGUGUUGCUCUUGUGAUUAUGUUUACACUUUGUUUUCAGUGAAAGGGUGAAAAAGAGGGUGUGUGUGGUGAUGUCACCAACAGCUAAAGUCACCUCGAUAGUCAAAAAAAAAGUUCCCUCUUCAAGUAUAACUGAAAGUGCUUUAAUAACCUUCUUAUAGCAAACCUGAUUUUCUGUAUCUGCAAUUACAUGACCAUCAAUGCCAUAUUAACUCAUGCUUCUUACUCACUGCUUGUUUACGUGGGCAGGUCUGAAUUUUAUUUGUCAUCUCUCUGUUCUUAUUUUCCAUGUUGGCUCUAACUGGAGCCGAAUACAAAUGUCACCAGCCAUGUUCACUGUUACUCUUCAAAGGCCAAUAAUUUCUCAUUGAAUUGUUUACAUGUCAUUAUGGAGUACAAUAGUAUCUUCAGUCACUAUCUGCUUUCUUUCUCGUCUCUCUCUCUUACUCUCUUUCUCAUUCCCUUGUUCCAGUGCUCUAGAUGGUUUUUAAUGGACGUUAGCCUCUGUGGUCUUUUUUCCUGUGCAUUGUCUGUAUCAGAACUAUACUCGUAUAAAGAGUAUGGCUUAGUCAUUAAAAUGUUGGAUUUUAUGUUGAAUGAACCGUGCUUAAAGGAGAAAAAAUAAAAUAUACUGCAGAAAAAUGGUCAGGAAAUUGUUGCAUAUUACGUCUUCAGAAAGAAGAGAAAUUGUUUAGUGUAAUUAUAGUGAAAUGGUAAUUUUAUGCAUUUUUUAUUUUAUUUAUGAUCUUAUUUUGUCAUGUUUAUAACGAACUGUCCUUGUUUCAAAUGGUAUGUUACAUGAAUUUGACUCUGAAACUAUGCUACUCAUAGUUCUAUAGUGAAGGUCUCUUGUACAUACACUGAAUUAUUAAAAAGAAUAAUACUAGA